UCGCUGUUGCUACUGAGAAGUGCUUGGCCCAGAUCUGUGAAGACGGAUAUUGGGAAACUGAGUACAGACCCUGGAAAGGCUUCAACUGUAAAAAUGUGCACCAGUUACGUCUUGAAGUGUCAUCAGCUGUAACAGACAUCCCAGAUCCCCAGACCAAAGCCAGGCAUCCCCGCUCCCAGGAACUGAAGGCCAUGGAGCUCUCUGAUGGUGACCGCCCCGUCAGCUUCGGCUCCACGUCGUCCUCCGCCUCUUCCAGGGACAGCCAUGGUUCCUUCGGCAGCAGAAUGACCUUAGUUUCAAACAGCCACUUGGGCUUGUUUCACCAAGACAAGGAAGCCGGGGCCAUAAAGCUGGAGCUGAUUCCGGCCAGGCCGCUCUCCAGCAGCGAGCUGCAGAGGGACAGCCCCGCUGGGCCGCAGGACGCAGACGGGGGCGGCGAAAGGCAGCCCCUGGCCCAGCGCAGAAUGGAGUCCAGCGGGGCCGCCCAGCCGGGUGCAGGGUCGGCCACCAGCCCCAAGCUCCUCUAUGUGGAUAGAGUUGUUCAGGAAAUUCUGGAGACUGAAAGGACUUAUGUGCAAGACUUAAAAAGCAUUGUGGAGGAUUACCUUGACUGCAUCAGGGACCAAACAAAACUUCCUCUGGGGACAGAAGAAAGAUCCGCCCUCUUUGGAAACAUACAGGACAUCUACCACUUCAACAGUGAACUUCUACAAGAUUUGGAAAACUGUGAAAAUGAUCCUGUGGCCAUAGCGGAAUGUUUUGUGUCCAAGAGUGAAGAGUUCCACAUUUACACGCAGUACUGCACUAACUAUCCAAGAUCCGUGGCUGUGCUCACAGAGUGCAUGAGGAACAAGGUGCUGGCUAAGUUCUUCAGGGAACGUCAGGAAACUUUGAAACACUCACUGCCCCUGGGGUCCUAUCUCUUGAAACCAGUUCAGCGGAUUCUCAAGUAUCAUCUCCUUUUACAUGAAAUAGAAAACCACCUUGACAAGGACACAGAAGGCUAUGAUGUGGUGCUUGAUGCUAUCGACACGAUGCAGCGAGUAGCCUGGCACAUCAAUGACAUGAAGAGGAAGCACGAACACGCGGUCCGGUUACAGGAGAUACAGAGUCUGCUCACGAACUGGAAGGGGCCAGACCUGACCAGCUACGGGGAACUGGUGCUCGAAGGAACCUUUCGCCUCCAGCGGGCCAAGAAUGAGCGGACGCUCUUCCUCUUUGACAAGCUGCUUCUCAUCACAAAGAAGAGAGAUGACACGUUUACGUACAAAGCCCAUAUCCUGUGUGGCAACCUCAUGCUCGUGGAAGUGAUUCCAAAGGAGCCGCUCAGCUUCAGCGUCUUCCACUAUAAGAACCCCAAGCUGCAGCACACGGUUCAGGCCAAAUCCCAGCAAGACAAGCGCCUGUGGGUUCUGCACCUGAAGAGGCUGAUCCUGGAGAACCACGCGGCAAAAAUUCCAGCUAAGGCCAAGCAAGCAAUACUUGAAAUGGAUGCCAUUCACUAUCCCGGUUUCUGCUACAGUCCUGAGGGAGAGGCUAAAGCAUUCUGUGGUUCUAAAGACGGUUCUGCUCCUUAUCGGCCGAGAAGAAAGUCCGAACCUUCCUCAAGAUCACACAAAGUUUUGAAGACCAGUGAAACAGCACAAGACAUCCAAAAGGUCUCCAGAGAGGAAGGCUCUCCCCAGCGGACCUCAACGGGACCAUCCCCCGCACAGAGGAAUAGUCAGCCAGGCAGUUCUGCCAUUCUCAGCGUGCUUCGUGGGGGCGGAGCCGCCCGAAACAUCUGGACGGACCACCAGAUCCGACAAGCCUUGUUUCCUAGUCGUCGGUCCCCUCAGGAAAAUGAGGAUGACGAAGAUGAUUAUCAGAUGUUUGUGCCCUCCUUCUCGUCCUCGGACCUGAACUCGGCCAGACUGUGUGAAGAUCCCACUUCCAGUCGCCCUUGCAGUUGGCACAUGGGACAGAUUGAAUCGGUAGAGACCACCAGCUCUGGCCACCGGGUUAUCAGGCGGGCCAGCAGUGCUGGUGAGAGCAACACAUGCCCUCCUGAAAUGAGAAUUAGGGACGGUGGUGGCUCUCAGUACAGCCCCCGGAGGGAACUGCAGAGUGACCCUAAAACCAAAGGGCAGGAAGGAAUGACUCCCUUUGGGUCAUCAAUAGAGUUGACUAUUGAUGAUAUAGACCAUGUCUAUGAUAACAUUAGUUAUGAGGACCUAAAACUAAUGGUUGCUAAACGGGAAGAGGCCGAAUCCACACCCCCUAAAACAGUCAGGGACUCUGUUCGCCCCAAAAGCACCCCAGAGCUGGCCUUCUCAAAGACGCAGGCCGACCAUGAGAAGACCUCUCUGCACACAAUGAGGGAUGGAGUGCUAACAGGUCAUCAGGCAUCAAACCAAAGCACGCAUGAAUCCCAGAUGGUUGAGGAAAACAUCUAUGACACGAUAGGGCUCCCAGAUCCACUCUCACUGGAGUUCAAAUGCAGCAGCCUGAAGCGGCCCAAGAGGAGUACCUUCUUGGGUCUGGAAGCCGACUUUGCGUGCUGUGACAGUCUGAGGCCCUUCAUGUCCCAGGACAGCCUCCAGCUCAGUGAGGAAGAAACCCCUUACCACCAGGGCCCCCCUGAUAAUGAUUACUUGAGUUUGCUCUAUAACUCUUUCAGCUGUAACCUGUCCGUAGCCGAUAAAUCGAUAUCCGAUAAACUGUCUGAAGAAGUAGAUGAAAUCUGGAAUGACCUAGAAAAUUACAUCAAGAAAAAUGAAGUCAAAGCUAGAGACCGGCUCCUGGCAGCAUUUCCCGUCAGCACAGAGGACGUGCCGGACAGGCUGUACUCCGAGAGCACACCUGAGCUGGGCAGAGACGUGGCACGUUCCGUGUCCACGCUAUCGCUUCCGGAGGGCCAUGCUUUCCUCACGCCGCUGAAAGACAAGCCUGGCAGACCUAGCCAGGCCAACUGCCCAUUUGAGGAAGACUUAAUUUCUAAAGAAGACUCCUUUAUGAGUCUUAAUCGCCUGUCUCUGGCCAGUGAAACACCUCCCACAGAAAAUCCCUAUGACUUGGCCAACAGCGGUCUGUCCCAAACAGACUUGGAAACCCCUGAGCCUGGGAUGGAUGUCACAGAUAAGACAAGAAGCAGGGUUUUUAUGAUGGCCAGGCAAUACAGUCAGAAGAUCAAGAAGGCAAAUCAACUUUUAAAAGUGAGAAGCCCAGAGUUGGAGCAGCCACCGGCCGGCCAGCAACAAAAGUCCACGCACAAAGACCUGGCUGCCAUCUUGGAAGAAAAGAAGCAAGGGGGUCCCGCCAUCGGAGCCAGGAUUGCUGAGUAUUCCCAAUUGUAUGACCAGAUUGUAUUCAGAGAGACUCCCUUUAAGCCCCAGAAGGACGGCUGGGCCAGCCCUCGAGACUCCUCCAACCUCAGGUCUACAUCAGCUCCCCAGUCCCAACAUGGCAGCGAGGAUUGGCUUUUGCAUUCAACCUACAGUAAUGGAGAGUUAGUGGAUUUCUGUUCCCGGCCAGAGCAAGACCUGAAGUCCAAACAUCCUACUUUAGAGAUCAGUAUGAAAAACAUUUCAAGACAGUUGUCCACAGCUUGCUCUGUGCCUUCUCUUCAAGCCUCCGACCCUCUGCUGGGCUCCUUACAGAGACACAGUGUGAUAGUCAGUCAGCCCGGCAAGGACAACUCCUACCAGGACCACCUCUACAACUCCUUGGGUCGGAGAGGAAUCAGUGCUAAAUCUCAGCCUUAUAACAGGUCCCAGUCAUCUUCCUCGAUCUUGAUAAACAAGUCCGUGGACUCCAUCAACUACCCUGGUGAAAUGGGAAAGAAACAGCUGCUGUCAUCACACAAAAGUUCAAGGUGUGAGAGUCACCAGGAUUUGCUGUCAGAUGUGGCCGGCUCGUGUCAACAGGGCACUGAAAAAUGCUCAGAUCUCACGCUCCAAGACUCCCAGAAGGUUCUGGUCGUAAAUAGAAAUUUGCCCUUAAAUGCUCAAAUAGCUACACAGAACUAUUUUUCCAAUUUCAAGGAGACUGAAGGAGACGAAGAUGACUAUGUGGAAAUAAAGUCAGAGGAAGAGGAGUCAGAAUUAGAGCCGUCUCACGGCCGUCGGAAGAAACCUGACCCAAAGAUGAUGGAUGCCAACUUUACCGAGAACACCUUCAGCAACAACACGUCUUACUCUUUGAACAGUCCGUGCUCUCCCAAAAAGCCAGUGAGCAACAAACUUGGGAUUUCACCGUACCUGACAUCCUACAACGAUUCGGACAAACUGAAUGACUAUCUCUGGAGGGGGCCAUCUCCCAACCAGCAAAAUAUUGUCCAGUCGCUGAGGGAAAAAUUUCAAUGUCUUAGUUCAAGCAGCUUUGCCUAACUUUCUUCAUAGAAGCCGCACAAACUCAUGUCGUAUGAUGCUCAUAGAUUACAGAUACUGAGAGGUGUUUUAUAUGUACCAGAUUAAAGACAAUUUUGUAAUAACCAGAAGUGUACACUAUGCUUUCUUCGACAGCACAACUUUUUGAAACGGCUGACAGUCCAGCCAGAAUUGUACUGUAUAGCCAACGUUAGCGCCUAAGUGUGUUCUCUGUUGCUGACUGUUUUCGUGUUUCACGUAAGUCAGUCUUACUUGAAAAUUUUUAGGCUUUUUUUUUUUUUAACAUGACGGCCAUGAUGCUUUCUCCCGUAUCCUGACAGUUGUGCCCAGACUUUCAGAAAUGCAAUACUCCUCUCGUGUUAUCCAGAAGGCACAAAUAGUUUUAUUCUAGGACCCAAAGACAGCAAGGAGGCUUUCACACAUGUUUUAAAAAUAAAGGAAACUAAAGCUGUUUAAAGGAUGAAGCUAGAGAUCUCUAAUUGGAGGAUGAAUCUGUAGCGCCCGUUUCACUCUGUAUCAGCAAUUUCUCUAUCAGGGUCACUCUACUGUAGACAUCGGGUAACUAUUGUAGAUGUUGGGUAACCAUCGUGCACUAGAAGGUAGCAAGACCAAUUCUGUGUAAGCAAAAAUCCUUACCUCUGUUCCUGGACAAGGUCUGGAGAAUGUGCUACCUUGUGUUUAUUUUUGAUGGCUGGAGUAAAAUAAAUGGUUCCGUCAAAUGUGUAAAGAAAACCAUAAGAAAAUAGAAAAGAUGGUUAUCUCCUCAUAUUACAGUUGAAGAGAAGGUGGAAAUAGAAUGCUGCAUGCUGUUUUUUUUGUAAUCAACCCAAAGUAAGCCAGGAGCUAAAGUAAAACACUUCAGCGUCACCCUUUCCAGAGCAGUUUUUCGUUUGUACUUUCCUGAGCUUCGUGUUCAGGCGCGUGACCUAAUCCCAGCCGCGAGGGUUUCUUUGGCUGCGGUGAAAUGUGUUCUCUAAACUAAGCGUUACCUGAGGGCCUUUUUUCGUUGUUUGAGAGAAAAGCGUCAUGGCUACUAAGCUCUGACUAAGCACCUCUUCGAGGCUGUCACGAUGGUCUUCAUGUAGCUGUGAGUUGUGACAUCACGUACGAAUAUACCACUUUAUGGAAGGGAAACUGAACCACAAAAGCAAGAUCUUGUGAGCGAAAAGCAAAAUCAAAGAAGUACAACAGAGAAGUGAAAGCAGAUCUAUCGCUCCGUUAUAACUGUGUUGUAGUUUAUUAAAGACUCCAGUCCAUGCAGGAAGAAUGUUUCCUUAAUCCACAUUCUCCUAUUCUCCUAGUCUCCUUUUAAGCAGUUUUACAUUCUGUAAUCCCUUCCCCGCCCACUCAGUGUUUAGUUUGAAAACUAUGUGUAGGAAAGGGAAUCUGGGCCUUUUAUCUGAAGCUAAGCAAUGAUACCAUCUAAACACAGUUCUUUUCCUCUUGAGUCCAAUGCCUCGCCUCCUUAAACAGUGAAACCUCAAAUGUGACCAUCCUUAUUUUACGAGCAGGUACCUAAAGCAUUCAUUUUUCCUUUGAAAUAACAGAAAAUAACCCAACUUACUUCCUUCUCUCUAUUCUUUCUUCUUAGAGCUUACAAAACAAAAUCCCUGUGGGAUAGCAUCGUUGUGGAAACAUUCCUUCUUUCACUGCCUUUUCUUUACACUUGAUAAGAGUUUUCAAGAGUCAGCAGUAUCAGAAAAGACAUGCCCUACAAGAAAGUAUGUUCUCAGACUCACUAGGGGGAUUUGUGUGUUUGCAAAACAAAGUGAUCUGAUUCUUCUUGUCCCUAGAAGGCAGUUUCCUAUUUUUGCUGUGCAGCGUGUAUGCCCCCCAGUUCUAUUUUGUCCAUAUGACUGCGGUGUCUUACUCUCAGAAAUUAUGAAUCUUCACACCAGUGUCCCAGUGCAUGGCUUUGAUGUCACCACUAGGAACACCCUCUGCUGCCCCAAGGUGGAUGUCGUGCUGUAUAAAAUGUCUGCGUGGUUGUCUUUAGGUUCUAGGAUAAAUCUUUAGCCUUAUCAAUUCCUUCUGUCAGCCAGGCUGCAGACUUUGAGAGCUGUGUGUAUAUAUAAUCAUGUUCGUGUUUUUCCUCAGAGUUACCAAUUAAAUGCUUCUGUUUAAAAUAGUUUCUUCUGGAAGUGGGGUAGGAUUGUACAUAAUUGGGGGGGGAAGUUAUAUGUACUUAAAGGUAUGUCAAGUUCUUGUUAGGCCUCUGUACUGAAGGUUCAGGUUUUUUGUCUUUUUUUUUUAAGUUCACUUUUCAACUACUCUUUGUGCAAAAAAAUGCAUCUAGGAAGACAUAGUUUAAAUAUUGUAUAUAAGAUAAUGAAAGUUAGUAAUGCUCAUUAUUUAAUAAAGUUUGUAAAGUACAAGGUAAA